AUAACCGCCACUAAACAACAUGGCCGUAAAAGCUAUUACUGCCUGAGAGACCGAACUCAGGGACUGCAACUACCGUCUUCCAUAGCAACGGUUGCUAACAACCCAGGCUGCUGCGAGUCUGCUGGAGACCCGGGUGGUGACGCUGGGUUUUUAUUUUCUAAACUUAUAGUUGUAAAGCUAAGUGUAACCAUGCCUCGAGGAAGAUCGGCCACAAGUGCCCACUCAGACAGCAGUGAGCUGGAUGCUGAUGGUACAGCAGAAUCAGAGAUAGCCAAACUGCAGAGACAGUUCAGGAUCAUGGAAGGAGAUCGGCAGGCCUACAACCUUCAGGCCCGGGAGCAGAUCCGCAAACAACAGCAGGAGAUAGAGAAGCUGCUGAAGGAGCAGGACGAGCUGCAUCGAAACCUCGGUGCCUGUAAGAGCUUUUCACGGCAGCACCAGGACAGUCAGGACACCCAGAAUCUUCGUGGUCUGCUAGAGCAGAGAGACAUGCUAGAGGAGGAGCUGGAGAAAGAGAAGCAGUGUCAAAAGCAGAUAGAGAAAGAGAUCACAAACAUCCAGUUGAAGCUGGCAGAGCUGAGAAAAGGGGAGGUCAGUACCAGUGUUACACAUAGGUCUGAGGUACGGCGGACUCAGAAGGCCAUACGCACUUUGGAAUACAAACUGGACAGAGCCUUGACUUGCUUCAAUGAGCAACUGACCAAAAACAGCCACCUGAGAGAGGAGUUGCAGACUCUUCAUAUUGAGCGUGUCCGUUUCCAGCAACUACAAAACAGGCUGGACAAGGAACUGCACGAUGUCCGCAAGAAGAUCGGGGAAAUUGUCAACCUGUCCACUGCAGCUUACAAUGCCAGGGUGGAAGCUCAGUCCAAGAUGACCAUGAUGAGGGAGAAGGCAGUGAAGGACCUUGCCCAGUACAAUGGCGAGAUGAAGGAACUGGAAAGGGUUAUUACACAUGAGUGUACCCUGAAAGAGUUCAUGACCACCAAGUGCAGCGAGAGGAGCGGGCAGGAUGAUGGCCAUGAGAUGGGACACAGGCAGUUCUCAGAGCUGAAGGAGCAGAGGAGGAUGGACUCUGGGGAAGAGCCUCUGGAUGCUCUUGAGGAGGUGUUUGAGAGGAUCCAGACUGUAACAGGGGAGGACAACCUGGACAUGCUGGUCAUCAGGUUCAUCCAGGUUGAAGACCGGAACUUUGCUCUCUUCAAUUUUGUAAAUGAGCAAAACAAUGAGGCCGAGGCACUGCGGGAUCAGAUCAGCCAGAUACAAGCAGAGAUUGAGCAGUUUCGAGUAGCAGGUUUGCAACAGGAGCAGGAUCAUCACUCUUUGCUGACAGAGAUUGAUAAGCGACAAAAGGAAAGCGAGUCCCAAGCUGAAGACUAUGAAAAACAAGCCAGCAACAUAAGCAAAAUCCUGGAUGAGGUUAAAACAGGAAUGAACAGCAUCUUCUCUAAAAUGGAGUGCGACCGCUCUGUGGUAGAGGAUAUACUGGGCUCCUCUACAGGGAUCAGCGAGAACAACAUCAUAUCCUAUCUGGGUCUGGUGGAACAGAAGACCAACAAGCUGCUCACCAUACAAGCUUUCCUCAAUUCUAAAGAUCUGGAAAAGGACUACAAUCCAAAAGACCUGCCUAAAUUUCUUUUAGGUCAAAAUCCAGAACUGCUUCAGCAGAAUAUCAACAUCCAAUCUGUAAUCAACAGUGUGGAUUAUGAUGGAGAAGAGUCUCCUGUCACUGACGAGGAAGAACGGCCACUUUCGCAAGAGGAACUUCGCAAAAGAAUAAUGAAAGGGGUUCUGCAGAAAGACAGCUCUGUCCGGCACGCAUCAACCAAAGCCUCAAAGAUCAGCCAGCAGCUUGAUGGCAGACGGCGCUCCCUGGAAGGUGCACUGAUCUGACACAUUGACUUAAUCAGUGUAGGUAAUGCACACAUACGAAAAAUGGGAUCCUCAUCCGCAUCAUCUGCAGUUAAAGGGCCUGCUGUCAUUGUUUAAUGUAAUAAAGAUCAAUAGAGGCCAUGACCGCUGAUGGAACCAGCUAGAUUGGACUUUUUGAAAUGUUGCAGCUUGUACACGUAAACAUUUAAAGCUUAAUUAUGUUCUGUGUACAUCGCCUUUUAUGAUGAAUCAUUGACAUGGCCUGUAUAUUAUAUUUUGGUGUGAUUUGUUUAGUUGUAACUAAUUAGGUUUGGAACUAUAAAGAUGCUUUUUCAGACUCUGGUAACCAGCUGUCCUUUUGAUGUGUGACUUGCCAUCUGGCUUUGACUAUACAAUCUGGUCUUGGUACAGCCCUCCCUCGCUGGCAGCAUUUCAUUACAUGAUACUUGCUGCUAUGCUCAAAAGGAAAGGUUGGGGGCAGCAGAACCUUUUGUAAUUGUAAUUGGCAUGCUGAGACCUUGAUUCUGUUUCCAAAAAAGAGGUGAGGAGCCUUCAACGCUACACUGGACACACUGAUUUUCAAUUUUUGUUGGUGGAAUAAUUACAAUUUUUCCCAUUUGUUUUGGUGAAACACACUCAUUUGUUUGGGUUUUUGUCAUAA